AUGUGUGUAAAUAUUGAAGUUAUUUUACCAACUGUGGAAAAAUUCCUAAUUUUGUAUUCGUUACGAUGCGGCUCUAUAUUAAUUCUUUGCUGGACAGCUUUGCGUACAGGACUUUGCAUAUUAUUCUAUUCAACGAUAAUCCUAGAAGUUCUUAUUGGUGAAGAGUCGCUGUUCGGCGCCUGGCUCGUAGAAAAGAAACCUGCUACAGAUUUUCUAUAUAUUAUUUAUUACACGGUUUUGGCGUUGCUGCUAUGUGAAACUAUUACAUUUGUGUUUAUGAUACAUUUUACUAUUGGAUUAUGUUGUUAUAGGCCAGAUUUACUCCAACAUUAUUUAAUAUGUCGUUUUGUGACUUGGCUCAUUGAAGUGGUAGCACUGUUCGUGUUAUGCCUGGCUCACAAACUGCUGAUUGGGUGGUAUUUGGCGAUACUGUUCUUUGUUAUUCUCGAGUUCUAUUCCUUCAUCGUUGUCUACAGUUAUUACGUUAACCUCGUAGAAGAGAAUAAAAAUGUAUGCUGA